CCACUAUAAAAUAAGAGCCCCGAUUCCCAAAUCCUAGUACAAAAAACUUGAAGCAAUUUCAAUGGAAUCAUCCAUUUCCUCAUCAACUAUUGUUCUCUCUCCUCCUCCUCCCUUCCAACCCAACAACAAUGGCGUGAAUCUCGUAUUCGACGCCUCCCUCCAACAACAACCCCGCCUCCCCACUCAAUUCCUCUGGCCCCACGAAGACACCGCCUACGCCGCCGCCGACUUCCUCCCCGACCCCCCCAUCGACCUCUCCGGCUUCUUCCUCGGCGACCCCCUCGCCACCGCCUCCGCCGCCUCCCAGAUCAGAGCCGCCUGCUCCACCCACGGCUUCUUCCAGGUCAUCAACCACGGCCUCGACCCCUCCACCUUCCGCGCCGCCCACCACCACAUGGACGCCUUCUUCAGCCUCCCCCUCCCCCGCAAGCUCGCCGUCAAGCGCCAGCCCGGCUCCCUCCGCGGCUACUCCGGCGCCCACGCCGACCGCUUCUCCUCCAAGCUCCCCUGGAAGGAGACCUUCUCCUUCACCUACACUCAUGCCACCACCCUCGACGUCGUCGACUACAUCAAAUCCAGCCUCGGCCCCCAUUUCGAACACACAGGAUGUGUGUUACAGAAGUACUGCGAGGCAAUGCAUAUGUUGUCGAUGGCGAUCUUUGAGCUGCUCGCGAUUAGCUUAGGAGUGGAGCGGUCUGAGUAUAAGGAUUUCUUCGAAGACGGAUGCUCUGUGAUGCGGGGCAACAACUACCCGCCUUGCAAGGAGGCGGGGCUCACCCUGGGAACGGGUCCCCACUCGGACCCGAAUGCCCUGACGCUGCUGCAUCAGGACGAAGUAGGAGGGCUUGAGAUCUUCUCGGACGACAAGUGGAGAGCAAUUAAGCCUUGCCACGGCGCCGUUGUUGUUAACAUUGGUGACACUUUCAUGGCAUUGUGCAACGGCCGAUACAAGAGCUGCCUGCAUCGGGCGGUGGUGAACAAGGAGAGGGUUCGGAGAUCUUUGGUGUUCUUCGUGAACCCUAACGAGGACAAGGUGGUGAGGCCCCCGGAGCAGCUUCUGCUUCCGGGGAAUGAGGGGGCUGAGGCCCCCGCACGCCUGUACCCGGACUUUAAAUGGUCCGAUUUGAGGGAUUUUACCCAAAAUCACUAUAGGGCCGACACUUCUACGCUCCAACACUUUGUCAGCUGGCUUUCAAAUAAGACACAACCUUAGAUAUAUAUAUAUAUAUUUCAUUUUCUGACUUUUGUCGUGUUGCACUCUCUCUACUAGUUUAAUAAAUCUAUGUAUGUAUUUAAGUAGUUGAGUUGUGUUGUGUUGUGUUGUUUGUGUAUAUGUGAUUUGAGGUCGUGCUUAUCUUUUUCUAUUUAUUUGUUUUUGUUAUUUUCUGCAUUUGUGUAUUAGGUUCUGGAUUCGACUGCCUUUUGUACUAUUGUAUGGAUUGAAUCUUGGCAAUGAAUUGUGAUGUAUCUCAUUGAUUAA